AUGAGUAGCAGCAUGGCUUAGCUUGUCUUCUGAUAUAUUUAGAGAUAUUUGCACUAAAAAUGGACACACGUGCAUCCAUCACGGACGGUCAAAGCUCCCAAACUUUCCUGACUGGUCUGAUGUCUUUUUGCGUCGAAUCAGUCACCACCUGCUUCUCUCAUGACGCAGACAAACUUUGCGUCCCCGUCGGUCUGACUUUUGCCUCCGCGCUGCUCUUGCUGCUGUCAUGUCUUCUGAUCGUGUGUCAAAGGUGCAAACUUGGAGGAGAAAAUACAGCAGAAACCGUCCUGAUCGUCUACUGCUUCCUGGGUGACUUGUGCAGCACAGUGGGAGCGAUUCUGUCCAGACAGCUGCAUAUUCAGAUUUUAAUGAGCGCUUUUGCUUCUGCUAUGGAUGCUCUGAAUUGUAUUUUGUGCUGCUUCCAAGUUGUCCUGUGUUGGAACUCCAAAACAGAAAGGAGGCUGAGGAUGAUGAAGAGGCGGAGGAGACAGCAUCUUCUAGCAGUGUGUGUGCUGAUGGUGGUUGCUGGAGGUUUUCUCAGGGCCAGUCAGCCUCCAGCGUUCAUUCCUCUCCGACAGAGGAGGCUGUUACAUGUGUCUCUGCAAGGCUCCAGUUGGAGUCCUUUAAUGGACAACACUGAACUCUUGGGUUACAUACUCGGCCUGCUGUCCUUUGCCAUCGCCUGCAGCUCCAGGUUUCCUGCACUCCGUAGAGCAUGUAGAGGACAGAUGUUGACCCGGGCUAACAUCUUCUCUGGGCUGUGUUGCUCACUGGCUGGUGUCCUCUACACAGCUGCCAUACUCCUCUACGACACUCACUUUGGGUUUCUUAUGAGAGUCCUGCCGUGGCUCCUGUCGUCAAUCAGUUGUGUUGGCCUGGACCUUCUUAUUGUAGGCACUUAUUGUUGUAAGAGACAAAGCAGGCAGCAGCCUGUGAGCCUUUCUUCAGACAUGGAGAGACUUUUAGGUGGUUCAGGCCUCCACACUGAGGAUAACGCUGUCAUGAAAAGACACAGAAAACAGAACAUUCGUUCCUCUGCACCAACAAGAACAAAAAAUGUCCAGAAGAUGGCAGAGAUGGGUCAUUACAUGGAUGUCCACGUUCAACCUCCGAGAGCAAUGUCCCUGAAGGACGUGACCUUGUCAAAGCAGCAGGUGGAGGAUGGGCCUCUCAACAGGAUGGUGCGAGUGAUCAGAGCUGGCAGUUUCUGCUCCACAGAUACAUCCUAUGACUCCUCAGUGGUCAGCUCUGAUCUGGAGUGGGAUUUUGAGGCAGCAAACACACAGUGGAGGGAACCUACAGCAAAACAACACCAGGGGGAUGAGUUUCCCCUGCAGGAGUGGCCAACAAACCCCAAACCCUUCGAUGCCUGCAUGCGCUCCAUGUCUGAGAAAACUCCAGGAGAGGGCAGCCCUGUUGUAACCUCUGUUAAAUGAACUCUCCUUCACACACAUGUGGAGCAUUAAUUUGAGAAUAAAUAAAAAGUGCAAAUAUUG